AUAUAAAGGGUAAAGGGCUAUUUGAUUCAUAUACCAUUAUAAUUUUCGAGAAACAUAAAGAGCAGCUCGCAGAGGAGCAGGGAACCGUCUGUGCAGAUCUGUUAGAAUUGCUGGUUGUGCAGGUCAGGUGGCCGCUGCAAGGCCAGGCUGCCUCAAUGCCUGAAAUAGAAGGCUUCACUUGCUGGAGAAGUGAUGGUGUGCAAGGUGGCAGGAGAAAACCAGAGCCGAUACUCCCAGAGGAUAUACUUUAUCAAAUACAUGCUCUCAUGCCAAUGAAAGAUGCUGCCUGUGCUUCUACUGUGUCUAGGGGAUUUCUCCGUUCUUGGCAUUGCUAUCCUAAUCUCGUAUUCAAUAGCAAAACGUUUGGCAUAAAUGAAGACACACCUAAUAACAUAAAUGAAAUAACAAGUGAUUUUAUUGGUAGAGUUGACCACAUUAUGACGAAUCAUUCUGGCACCGGCGUGAAGAAAUUUAAACUUCAAACCUACCCUUGUGACAAUCUGCACCUGAGUUAUGUUGAUCGCUGGCUUCAAGUUGCUACUGCACCUGGGAUUGAGGAAUUUGAGUUACAAAUGCCUUGGUGCAACAAGAUUGAGUACAACUUUCCGUGUUCAUUGUUAUCUACGGAGAGGGGAAGCUCAUUGCAGUCCUUUGUCCUCGAUCAUUGUGCUUUCCACCCUGCAGCUGAAGUUGGCUGCUUAAGUAGCCUGACAAGUGUGCAUCUGAGUUCAGUGCACAUUACAGCAGAGGAGCUGUGUAGCUUUCUGUCCAAAUCUUUGGCAUUGAAGCAAUUGGACAUCUACAGAUGCAAUGAUAUAGUUUGUUUGAAGAUACCUUAUGAGCUUUCACAUCUUAAUUUCCUAGCGGUGCAAGAUUGUGUGAUGCUUGAGAUGAUUGAAAGUGAUGCUCCAAAGCUAUCUCAGUUCAAGUAUAUAGGCCACCCAAUAGACAUGUCACUUGCAAAAUCCAUUGCAAUUGAGCCAUAUACAAAUGAUGAGUACUACUAAGUCUAAUAUGUUGUAUUGCGCCAGAACGAAGCUUCCAUCCAUUGCACCAAACGUGCAAACUCUUUUUCUGACAUCCCUUGAUGAGAAAGUCAAUACACCAAUGUUGGCUGUGAAGUUCUUGUACCUCAAGCACUUGGAGAUUGUGCUUGUUGAACCAAGCCUUUCACCAGACUAUGAUUUUUGUUCCCUAGCCUCUUUUCUUGAUGGUUCACCUAGCUUGGACACUUUGAUCUUGCAUGUAAGUCAUUUAUCUUCUCAAAUCUAUCUUCAUCAGAUUAUAGUUGUUUGGGAAUUUAGAAAAAAUCUGGCUUAAUAAUUUUGUUCGCUAUGAGCGUAUUUGGUGAAGGAUA